GUCGGUGUGGGCAUACAAAAUAAUGAUUCACUGGAUUACCUACAGCACCCGCUAUCCAUGUAUGAGGGUUGCUUAUGGCCUCCCUAUUCCCAUUCCCAGGCGUUCUUUUGUUCUUGUCUGGUCAGCUGCAGAGCCAGUCCAUCGCUCAUAACCAACCUGCUAGGUACAUAGCCUAUCCAAGCUACAAAUACCCACUCCCAACUCUUCCUCACUUACUUUUCGCUCUUCGUCACUCAACUCUAUUUACCUACCUACCUACCUAUCCACCCACAUACUCUAUGUACCUACCUACCAAUAUAGAGUUGAGCUUCCCUCGUGCCAACCAAGCUCUGCCUGCGUUUUGCGCUUCUCGGCUAGCCUUGCGCCGGUUGUCCUACCUAACCUAACUCACCCCAUUUGCCAUUGCACUGCAUAGGUAUCUAGGUCGACUUAUCCAAGUGCCAGCCUAUCCCCUAUUUAUUACCUCCAGGGCGCGUGUUCAUUUGACUCGGCACUACACUUUCAUCUGUGCUACCUAUCGUUCUUCAAUUUAAGCCCUUGCCGACCUAGCAUGCGCUUCAUCCGUGGCCGGAACUAUCAGAAACGCCCAUAGCAUAACA